AUGGAGAGUCAAGUUUUAAACUCUGCUGACAUUCUCCUCUCCAUUUUCCCUUCAAUUGAAGAUCAGCUGAUAUGUAUCGCCAACAAAUUUGAACGCGAUUUGUCUGUAGCAGUUGAAAGGAAAUCUGGAAAGAUAAUUUACAACACGCCAGCCUUAGCAUCGCUUUUAACACGCUUCCCACACAGUUACAGUUCAUAUUCCAAGUGUGUAAACGACUUUGUAGACGUCGGAAGAAACUCACCUGAUGCAGCGAUUUCAGUUCUAUUCAAAUUGCUUCCGAUUAGAGCAAAGUGUGAUCUUUACCACAGAAUUAUUCCUAAAAUUGCAAUGGAUCCUGCUUUCGAUCAAAUUCUCGAUUUAUUUUUAACGUUAUUCUUUGCAGAUUGUGUUACACAAAUUCUUACAGAAAAACCCGAUACUAAGUAUUACCACUCAUUAAUACUCAUUGGUUACAAGAAUGCUGCAAAGUUUUCAGAAGAGUACGAAGAACCCCUUCGUGUACAAAUCGUAAAGCAAUUCUCUGUAAUCUUCUCGCUUUUAUCAAUCAACCACCUUAACGAAUUAAUUACAAGAUUCAACAAUUUCGUUGAAAAAUACGAUAUCGGUUUAUCCUUACUUCUCAAUCGUUAUAUUCGCUUAUCAGUUACCCAAGAAGUAUCAUUUGAAACAUACAAACGGUUUAUUGAUAAAUUUGCUGAUUUUUCGGAUGUUUUAAAGAAAGAUCGCAGAUCUCUUGAUAUGUGGGCCGAAGCAUUCUGUUCUUUACUUACACAGAUCAAGCCUGAAGCUGCAGAUAGCAUUAAAGACGCUCUCAAGAAGAUUUUCAAAACUGCAAACACAAUGGCAAGCGAUAAAGAGACUGUUAAGUGGUAUCUCAUGCUCUGCUCAGUCAUUAUCAUAAGAUACGAUGCACUUUACAAGAAGGAAUACGCUACUUUCAUACAAGAAAGAAUAUUAAAGAAGAAAGAACGUCUUAACAAGCUCGAAGCCAAGUUAAACUCAUUCCUUAUCAUUAUUCGUGGUCCGAACUCGUCAAGAAGUACUCAAUUCUGGGAGUGGGGACAAUAUAAUGCGACAGCUCAUCAUGGCAUUGAAAUUUCAUUCAUUAAUGAUCCAACUCAGAAACAGGACGCUCCAGAUUCAUACACAAACAUGUUUUUCGACCACUUUGUCGCUGAUAAUCCGAUCGAAAAAUUCCCAGAUGUCGUUGGAGACAUAUUAGUUAAUUUUGCCUCAAGAGAUUUCAAUCACUUUAUGCUGACAACCAUUCCUAAUUUGAUUGCAAAGCUCGGAGAAGAGAGAUCUAUGUUAUCUCUUCACGCCUGCCUUUCACAGCUUGUUGAUACCCACGCAAAAUUCGCUGGAUGGGCUCAGAGUUCGCCUCUUAACAAGAAGAUCCGUGUUGACGUUAACAUUCACUCAUUCUUCAUGCAAAUUAAGUCUUUGCUGCUUAAAUCCAUAGAUAAGAUCACUCCACAAGAGUUCACAAAUGACGCUUACUGCUUUGAACUCGAUGAAUCCCCUGAUGUUCCUGUAUUUAGUUUACCAUAUUCCACAUCUCCACUUUCAGAGGCCACUAAGUCGAGAAUUGCUCAUUCCACAGAGAUUGUAACAAAAGCUCUCGAAGAAUGGGAGUUCGCAGAUAACUCUAUUGGUUAUGAUUUGACAAUCGACUUUUCUACAUAUGAAUCCACCACAAAGAACGAGAGAUUUACCAUCAAGAUGCUCUCAUUCCUUCCUAUCAUCAUCAAUACUUCCGAUUUAUCUGCGCACGACAGAAUUGAGAAUCUUUUAACGACAGUUUUAUCUUCUUCUCGCUCCAUUUCAUACUACGCUUUACGUGUUAUCAAUCAGAUCUUCAUUGUCAACGAAUCAGCCCGUAUUAUCAUAUACAAUGCGAUCAUAAACAAAAUCCUCAGUACAAUCAACAGGCACCACGUAUUUAUUCUUAUCCAGUUCUUAGUUAAACUCCUCGAUAAGACAUUACCACUCGAUACAAACAAAGAACAAAACGAGAAUUUUGUUAUCGAGUGCCAAUCUCUGUUUUUGCUCUUAAUGUGCUACCACAUUGUCGAAAUCCGUGAACUAGCACUCAACUUCAUAGAGAAAAUCCAGAGAUUCGCUUCUGGAAUGGAAAUAGAAGUUCCGAUAUUUGAUACUUUGAACGAUAACUCAUCAUUAAUAUCCGCAGCCGUCAGAUCCCACAUCUAUGUCCACAAUACGAGCCGUCUCGAUACUCCUCCUCCAACAGAUAAUCUUUGUACUUAUUCCGAAGUGGCAACAUCACGUUCUGACAAUUUAUUCCAGUACUACAUCGAAGAAAGCAUGUGUGCUCUCCAAAGACCAAACUGUAUCCCUGUUCUCAUCCGAACACAUCAAAUUAUUACACAAGCAAUGAGUUUAUUUGGAGAUUGCCUACCUUGCGAUCUUCCUCCAUCCAGGGCCUUGUUGUACCAGAACUUUUUGACCGUUUUGACCCAUACAUCUCCUGUAUUGAACCCAUUAGUCCAAAACAGGAUGAAGAACGAGCUGAAUCUAGAACAGAACGUCGCAAACUACAGAAAUACGGUGUUUUUCACAACAACAAACGAAAAACACCUCCAACAAUUAACGGAUAACCGCGAUAACGCGAUAAAAGUUGCUUCAUCACUAGUUUCAUACUUGAAAGUUGAUGAAGAGCAUCCAGAUCGUGUGAAGAACUCCGUAAACUUCUUCAAGCACAUUCAUUGGACAAUUCUUUGUGAUUUAUUACCUGUUCUUGGCGAAUUCGUCCAGAAAGAGCCUGUAUCCACUAACAUUGACCUGUUAUCAUACAUUUCUGAGAUUUUCAGUCUAAUUGGCGAGAAUUCCAACAUAAUGUUUGCUUUGGCAGCGAAUGAUGAUGCGAAGAACGCUUUUGCUAAGUAUUUCCAAGCAGCAGAAGCCUAUUUCCUCGAAAACAAACUGAAUGGAAGUCGCAGAUUUACUGAUGUCUCUCAAAUGAACCAAACAGAGCUUUUAUCACGCAAACAAACAUGUUUGGCCUAUUGCAGAGUUGUCAACUUCUUCCUUUCCGCACUUACACCCAUCAAGAUCUAUCCAGCGGAAGGCGCCAUUCGCAUUCCAGAACAAAAUCCAUGGCUGAAAGAAGGAAACUGGAAAGAUUCAGAGAAAAAGAUCACAUUGGCGUUUUUAGUCAAUUGGGGAAAGUUGAAUGAUUCAGAUAACGCUGAUUACUUUGAUUUGGCAAAUGCCGCAUCAUUAGCAAUCAUUGCUUUCAUCAGAGUCAUCAACAUCUUCUCUCCUCUCUAUGUCAUUCCUACUGACUUAGAAUCAAUUAUUAUAAACCUGGAAAAGGAAGGACACAACGCAUUGCAAUCUAUAUUAACAACGCAUUAUGAUUACAUGAUGCCUGUUUUCCUUGGAUACGCGUACAACGCACCUCCUGACUUGGCUCCGAUGUUUUUCAAAGCGAUUUGCAUGCAAUUCACGAAUCUUUCUCUCGACACGAAAAAGAUCAUUGCUGAUCAGAUGAUGGAAAGAUUCGCUCCUCAAAAACUCGCUGAAAGGACAUCGUCUUAUUUGAGUCUUUCGCCAGGAAUAAAGAGAAUGGCGAGAGUCAGAACAAUGAUACAGGAUUUAACAGUGAAUUUGUCAAACAGAGAUUUGGAAUACAACAAACAAUUCGCUGAAUACGCUGGCAAAUUCAUUCCUAUUUCUUUGAUUUACCUUUUGCAUGAAGAUUUCACUUUGCGUCAGACAUCCUUCAAGUUCCUUCAGAGAAUCGCUUGCACGGCACAUCAUUUGUUGAAUACAAACAAAGAUGAUGGAAAACAAACAGCUUUGUUUGUCAAAAAACUUCAACAAUUAGCACCAUCAUUUUUCUCAACACAUGUUUCGAUUACUGUUGAUAUUAUAAUGAAUGUUGCUGAGUUGUUUGCUGAGUAUCUCCCACAAGUAAGCGAAGUCUUGAUACAGGAAGUCUUCACACAAAUAACAACAGCUGCAAAAGGUUCUUUAAUCAACCAAUCAAUUAAGGCUACUUUACUUCAGAUCACUUCACUUUUCAUGAGAAAUCUUAAACUUGACAAGAACAACAAUUGGCCAAGUUCAUUUGUUUUUUACACACCUUAUUCUCUCAUGAUGUCAUUGCUUGAUAUUUUGCCAUCUAUUGACCAAAACUCAUUUUCACAUUAUUUAAGUUUGUGGACAAAUCUCGCGAACAACGAAGAAAACGCGAAUUUGAUCAUUAAGUUCUUAGUCCAAGCAUCAAGUGAUGUUUCGAAUGAAAGGUCUGUUAAAGUAGUUAUGUUGCAUCUUGCUAAAAGAUACUCAAAGAAUAUAAUCGAAGAAUUAGUUCAUCAACUAACAUUUGCUUGUUGGUGGAAUAACACGAUGCAAGGAAGAAUUCAGUCUGAUGCUCCUCCAUCACAUGAAACACAGUCUGUUCAGUCAUACAUAGCUAUUUUGAAGACAUUGACUGAUCUUUCACAGGCUUAUCCACAAGAAGUUUCUAAUUAUAUACAUAUAAUUGUUAACUUUUGUUUGUUGUUUUAUGAUAUCGAUCCUGCAUUGAAUGCUGAGUUGAUGCUGAUUAUUCUCUGGUCAAUGCCGCAAUGCCCUGAAUCUCUUGUCUCAAUCUUCGCUCCUCCAUGCGCUUUGAUUUGGUCGAGAGCUUCUGGAAUCGAGUUCACGGAGAAUAUGAAGAAAGACGACAACUCAGUGUCAUUCACACUCAGGCAAUACAGAAAAGAACCUGUUUCCAUUGUUGAUUUCACAAACCAAUUUGUUUCUUUCCUCCGCAAACACAAUAAGACGGAACAAGCUUGCGAAUGGGGCAAAGAAGCACUUAAAUGGGCUUGUGGAUGUGGUAAUUUGGAAGUUGCUGGUCGUGCUUGUUUAUUGUAUUCUGAGAUCUUAGAACCAUUAGACAGCAACUUAGUUACUGAUUUAAUCAACGCGUUCAAAGUUGUCACUGCUUGCAAUCCAGAUAAUACAAGGAGAUUCUACAUUUCUACAAUUAUCAAGGCAUUGGAAAGUGUUGUUGACAUCAAGGCAGAGGAUAAAGAAUUCAAGGAUUCUAUAGAGAAAAUAGCUUUGGUUGUUCAUCCUCUUAUUAAGUAUCCAGAAGAAGAAUCAUUAUGUAUUUCCGCAUUGGCCAUUUUCGCGAAAUACAUUUUGUGCGGUGAUAUUUCCAAUGAAUUGUUGAUUGACACGAUUAAUUCCAUUGCUCCUUUGUUUGGAUGUUUGUCAAGACAAGAAGCGUUGAUUGGCAUCCUCCUUGCGAUUUUCAGCAAGAUGAAAGACAGGACAGACACAAAGAUGCCAUUGACUUUGUUCACAUUCUUCCUGCCAACGAUUUUCAAGAUGGUUUCCGCACAACAAAACAUUCAGCCUUAUACAAGUGUUGUCACCGAUGACACUGAAAUCAAGAGUGUUUUGGAGUCAUUGUUAAUGAUAGCACAAUGCAAGUGCUUCAAUGAAGAUAUACAACAAUAUAUCUUCACAACAAUUGGCUCAUUAACAAAGGAAUCAAUUCAUCCGUCCGCUUUCAUUCUUGGUAUUGCAAUGCAUUUGAUUUCUAUUGAUGCAAAAAGUGUCAUGGAUGCAGCACCACUUUUCACAUCAUUAGUUUAUCAUUCUUCUCCUGACAUGAUGAGCGCAGUGUUCAGCACAAUCAGUUCUAUCAUUGAAGCAUCAAAUUGCGCUGCUCCUUUCUCAGCAAUUGUCGAAUUCUCAACAAGAAUCGCUUCGAUCGAAGCUGUUAAAGUUCAGGAAGCUUUCUUGAGAGAUUCCCAAAAUCCUGAUAAACAGAAGAUUGCUGGGCAACAAAUCUACGCAAUUGUUGAGCACAGGAAAUGGUCUGAUAUUGUGAAGAUAAUUGGAGAUCCAACAUUCACUACAAUAAGCGGAGAUUCUGCUUUGGACAAACCAAUUCCAAUGGCUCCAAUUGAUGAAGACCUUUGGAAGGAAGAAAAGGCGCAGAAGGCAAAGGAAGCUGUCCAGGACAUCAUUGUUCAGCCAUUCACUGGAACAAAGAAGAUAAUGGAUGACAUGAGAGUUGCUGCUCUUUAUAAGGAAGGUGGUGAAAUUCAGGUAGACAGAACAAUCGGUGGAUAUUUGUCUUAUAAGAAUGCUCUCAAAGAUAUUCAAGAAUAA